AUGAGCUCCAGCAAGCCGUCGGUUUACAUCACUCGCAGAGUUCCAGAAUCAGGACCAGCCCUGUUGGCACCCUCCUGUCAGGUGGAGCAAUGGAAUAAAGAUGAUCCAGUGCCAAGGGAGGAAUUAUUGAAAAGAGUUCAGGGAAAAGAUGCCUUGUUUUGUCUCCUGACUGAAAAAAUAGAUGAAGAAGUUUUGAAAGCUGCAGGUCCCCAGUUGAAAGUAGUUGGUACAAUGUCUGUAGGGUAUGAUCAUAUAGAUUUAACAGCGUGUAAGAAAUAUAAUGUUAAAGUUGGGUUCACGCCUGGAGUUUUGACCAACGCUGUAGCGGAAUUAACAAUGGCCUUGUUACUUACUACUAGUCGCAGGCUCAAGGAAGCCAUGGCGGCUGUUGCAAAUGGAACAUGGGGAACUUGGAAACCAAUGUGGCUGUGUGGACCCGGUCUAGAUGGCGCCACUGUUGGAAUUGUAGGCUUGGGUCGAAUUGGCUUUACGAUAGCACAAUGUCUUCGACCAUUUGGGGUUGCAAAGAUUCUGUAUAGUGACAAAUUUGAAAAUCCACAUGCUUCAGAAGUUGGGGCAACUUAUGUGUCUAAGGACGAACUUUUAGCCAACUCUGAUUUUGUUCUUGCAACGUGCGCUCUGACAGAAGAAACAAAAGGAAUGUUCAACAAAGAUUUAUUCAAGAAAAUGAAAAAAUCUGCCAUUUUUAUAAACACCAGUCGUGGAGGCGUGGUUAAUCAGGAAGAUUUAUACGAGGCGUUAAAAUCGGGAGAGAUUGGUGCCGCAGGUCUUGAUGUUACCACCCCUGAACCUCUACCCACAGAUAGUCCCCUACUGACUCUUGAUAACUGUGUAGUCUUGCCCCACAUUGCUAGUGCCACUGAUAAAACACGAUCCGCCAUGUCCGAACUAACAGCCAAAAAUAUCUUAGCUGCAUUGAAUGGUACAGAAAUGCCGACUGAAGUCAAAAAUGAUUAA